GUCCUGGAGAACAUGGCGGCGGUAGCGGCAGCAGCAGGGACUUUUGCCCGUCGGAUGGCUCGGUCAGGUGUGCUGUUCCCACGCAGCAGCCCACAGGUAUGGCCCCAAGCUGCCCGGCAGCCCCCUGGCCUCCUGCCUGCCCAGCGCCGUGCCUUCAGCAACAACAAGAUCCUGGUGGAGCUGGACACGAGCUCAGGCGUAGCCACGAUGAAGUUCAAGAGCCCUCCGGUCAACAGUCUCAGCCUGGACUUCCUCACUGAGUUCUGCAUAAGCCUGGAGAAGCUGGAGAACGACCGGGCCUGCCGAGGCCUGAUCAUCACCUCGGCCAUCCCCAGAGUCUUCUCAUCUGGCCUGGACAUCACAGAGAUGUGUGGGAAGAGCACGGAGCACUACGCUGAGUUCUGGAGGGCUGUGCAGGAGAUGUGGAUCCGGCUGUACGGCUCCAACCUGGUGACGGUCGCUGCAAUCAAUGGAUCCAGCCCAGCUGGAGGAUGUCUCAUUGCCUUGUCGUGUGACUACAGAAUCAUGGUGGAGAACCCCAAAUACGUCAUUGGCCUGAACGAAGCCCAGCUGGGCAUUGUGGCUCCCUUCUGGUUUAAGGACACGUUUGUGAACGCUGUGGGACACCGAGCUGCUGAACGCUCCCUCCAGCUGGGCCUCCUGCACUCUGUGCCCGAGGCCCACCGGAUGGGCCUUGUGGAUGAGGUGGUGCCAGAGGAGAAGCUGCAGGAGAAGGCUGUGGCUGUCAUGGCACAGUGGCUGGCUCUGCCUGACCAUGCCCGCCAGCUCACCAAGUCCAUGAUGAGGAAGGCAGUGCUGGACCACAUGCUUGCUCACCGGGAGGAAGACAUUCAGAACUUUGUCAAGUUCACAUCCAAAGACUCCAUCCAGAAGUCACUUUCAACGUACAUGGAGAUGCUGAGGAAGAAGAAGAGGUGAGGAGCAGCCAGUGGAUGCUUUUGUGACCCACACUGCAGUAUCUGUAGGCCUUCACAGUGAUGCUGUCUGCAGUGUGAGUGAUGGGUGAGAUGCUGCCUGCUCCGAGGUCACCACAACCACCCCCUCCUGUUAGUCCCCAUAGAGUGCCUGUCACCACUGCUGCCUUCCUGAGGGCAGGGAGAGCUGUUGGCUCAGCUCACCCAAGGAACAAACAGGGAGAGCCUUGGCAACACUAUGGCUCGAGCCUACAUGUCCUCGGGUGUCCUCCCUCCUGUCCAACAACUAAUUGUGCAAAUGAUGUUUGUUGGUAAAGCCUUUGAUGAGGUGGGA